CUGAUUGACAGAAUACCGUAUAUCUUCUUGCCCCUCUUUUAUCCUAAGCUGAUGUUACCAACCUCAGAUGGAUACGUACUUAGGUACUAACAAGACCAUGAAGCUUGUAUACGCCCAGUAUGAGGAAAAGCUGCAAACUUGGAACAAAGGACAGAAUUCAAAGCAACCAGAGUACAAACUGAUGCCGUCCAAAAUGGAUUCUAACAUUGCAGUUCAUCCGCACGGAUCCGCCGUGAUACGUCAUCUCUUCUCUCUUUGUUUGUCCUUGCUCGCCUUUGUUCUUCCUGCAGUAUAUUUACUCUCAAGAAAUGGUAAAUCACCCACAACCUUUCCUGUCUUCACAACAUCAGAGCCACGAUUUGAAUGCAGCCCGACACUAUGGACGACCUGAAAGUUAACCUCCCGCCCAUCGAGAUUCGCGUCUCCGAUCUCAACGUCUCUCCCAGGGCCUUAAACUACGACUGCGCAGUCUGUGCUUUGAAAGGCUACUGGUCCCAAGCGACAGCCAUGACCAAGGCGGAACAAGAAGAGUACCGCGAUAUGCUAGUCACCCAAAAGAGAUAUCGCGGGAACCACUUCUACAACAAAGACUACCGACUUUAUCAGGCAAUCGAUAACGGGCGCGUAACUUGGCCUCGAUGGGUCUUCCUAGUGUCGCUGCUAGGCUAUGUCAAGGAACUAGAGUACAGAAUCAGACCUAAAUUUAAAAACUCUACUAUCGAAGAUCUCUCGGCUGAGUAUCGCCAAUAUUUCUCAACGGAGCUGUCAUAUGUUGACCCGUCCUUGAGUAGCAGCAACCAUGAUCCCGAGCUUUGGGAUGAUGAGGAGUAUGUGAGCGAUGACGGUGGAGAUGAAGAUGAAGCUCAUCUCCAGUCAGAGGGCCAUGUCAAGAAUCAAGACAGCCCCAAGAAUGACGAGGCAGGCAAGGACAAUGCGGCUGUUGAAAACAGCAAACAUGUCAACCACGAGCAAGAUACCACCAGCGAGCGGCCGGCAAACCCGAAUCAAUCUACCUUAGAGAAACAACAGCGAGUGGACGGUACCCAAGCCCUGGAGCAACUCCUUGAACAAGUGGUGGAUAAGGCAGCGAACAAGGCAGCUCAGCUUGUUGCCCCUGAGAUGGACAAGAAACUUGACGGCGUUCUGGAAGCUGUCAAAAUCUGGUCAACGGAAUCGGCCGCGCUAAUCCAUACUCUGAACAAGUGUACGGAGAAAUUGAUGGAGGCGAUGGCGGAGCACCAGAAAUGAAGAUUUCACAGCAGAAGGAGCCUCGAGCCAACACGCGGAAUGGCGUCGAGUUCGAACAUGGUUACUCCAAGUUUACAGGGAGUGGUGGAAGUCGUUAGAAGAGGACGUAAAAAAUCCUUUCAGAGGCUUCUAUAUUAUAGCUUUGCAUUUCAUAAUUUACGCGAGUAAUAUCUC